CGCACGAACAUUUCGUACACGUACACACAACUCGUAAAGACGUGUGCGUGCAGAUUUGGAUUUGGAGGAAAUACUGUGGGAGUGACGAACUACAGAGUCCUCAUCUCUAUUUAUUUUACAUAAGUAAACAUGAAUAUACACGCACACAUGCAAGAAGAUGUAAAUUUGACCGCGCAAUCUCCACGUGGUCUUGCAUCUUGAAUGAAACCCGUGGUAGCGGUAAGUUAACUUCGAGAACUCAUAACUCGCGUAAAUGGAAGCACACUAAUAUUUUAGAAUGCUCUUGGCACCGACGACUACCAGAUUGUAGAAUCGAAAAUAAUAAGUUUUAUUUUCAAAACCUGAUGUAAUCUUAAUUUGACGUUAAUGACACAAUCCAAGAUCAAACUGUUGACACCAUUAAAUGCAUUACUUUCCCUGCAACUAUUUUUUUGAAACAUUUUUUUCUAAAAUAUUCAUUAUCUCCGAGAUAUUCACGGGUUCCGGGACAUUUUCCGCACCCUGUCUAAUGUGUCACAUGUAUUAAUAAAUAAUAAUGCAUGCAAAUCAUUAUCUAGUAUACAGAUCAUAAUUAUUAAACAUUGACAAUUAAUGAUUAUUUGACGUAGAAUAUUAUAUGAUGUUUUUAAAUAAUUAAUGGCCAUAAAAAUAAACGCUUAGAAAUACCUUAGGAACUAAUCAGUUACACAAGCUGAUUUGCGUUAUCAUCGACAAGAGAAGGAAGGAUGCCGCCGCCCACGCAGCUCGCUUGGCCAUCGCUCACAGUGUCGAGGAUGCUCGUCAGUUUAUUGAACGAUUUCAUCGCAAGCAGAUUUGACGAUGAUGAAGCGUCCGUUAUUAAUUUGUCUCCUUUGCACGCUCUUCAAAAUCAUUUCGUCGGCGUCGCCGUGUACGAAAAUCACAUAUAGACGUACGAACAACGUGGGCUUCCGAUGCACCGGUUUAACGACAUUGCAAAAGCUGGAGCAAGCGAGGACUAACACGACAAUCAUCACGAUUUUCGAUUCUAAUAUACCUAACGUACCUGGACAUAUCUUCGUGAGAUUCGCGGCGACCCUCGUGACUUUAGAUCUGCACGAAUCGGGCAUACAAACGUGCGAUGCUCAGGCAUUCACAGGCCUCACGAAACUGCAAAGACUGGUGCUCUGGGGCAAUAAACUGACGUUCGUGCCGGGAGAUUGGUUUGUGAACAUGCGCUCCCUGAAGACUCUGGACUUGUCGUUCAACUUUAUCCAAGGGAUCGACUACACGGUCUUUCAGAUGCUUCCUAAUUUGGAAAAUUUCUACUUCGAUUACAACCAACUUCACUAUAUCGAUUAUAACAUGUUUGCCUAUCUCGGUAAACUAAAGAAAGUAAAAUUCAGCAGAAAUCCGUGGAACUGGGCAUACCGUGCUCGUUUGACAUGGACGCUGGAGAACCAGAAGGUCGAGGCGCCGGACGUGUGGGAGGACUGGAACUGGAUGAACGUCGUCAUCAAGGACUGCAUCGAGAGUGGUCAGGGCGAGCUGCCGAGCGACAGGGUGCUCGAUUGCGCGGUGGGGAAACUGCUGACGUUUGCGUACGAGACGUUCAGCACGCAGGAGAGGUACAGCCCUCCCGGAUGCAACGAGCAGGCCAAAAGGCUGGUACGCUGCAUGAGACCGGUGGCGACCAACGUCACCGCUACUGAUUAUGAAACGGUGCGGAAGAUCCUCGAAGAUUACUCCACCGUUUUGCCGUCGAUGCAAAGAGCAUUGAUUCCCUUCCCACUAAGACGGUAAAUGUGCGCCGAUUAUUCCUUGCGCUUUUCUUAACAUGGAAUUAAGUCUUGGACAUCUUCGACUUAUUACCGUUUUUCGUAAUUGUGUGAAUAUUCUAAAUCGACGUACACCGAUUUCCUGAAAUAAUGUAAAAUGAAUGAAUAAAAGCAAUGGGAGUU